AUUUCGGUGUGUCUCAUUUUUAAUCAAGCAACAGGCUUCCAAAUCGAACGUUUUCAUUUAGACAUACCCAAACAGAGCUCCCACGCAGACCGCACUCACACAGGGGAACCGAAGAGCUGAAAGGCCAGCGAUAACUGGAGAGGAUCUGACAUGGCCACCUCCGUUUUGGCCACCAUGUGCGCCGAGCGCCUGACCAAGCUCCUAGUCCGCUACUCCCGCACCCAGCCGCCGGUGGUGCGGAACCAGUCAUCAGUGAUGAGUCCCUUGCCGCGGACCGAAGCCACCAUGGCCUACUUGAAGCCAGGUCCCUCCCAGGGAUCUUCCCAACCACAGCCCACCAAUAAGUGGCAGCCGAUGGGCAGCAUCACGAGCAUCGGCCAGAGAUUCCAGCGGGAGGCCAUGGAUGAACUGUGCACCAAGGCUAAGGAGCGCCUGCUGGCGAAGACCGAACCGCGACUGAGCUUCACAAGAAAUCAAUCGACAUUCCCCAACAAUUUGGGGGCACCAGGAAAUUGGAAGCAACUGGGGGCUGGAAGGUACACAGCCCCAUUUUCCAGCAUUUUCCAGGGCCACAGUUGCCGAAGUAUGCCCAGAAAGUCCUUUACCCAACAUCCCCUUGCCUUCGAUCGCCAAAAACUGUAUCGGGACUGCUAUUAACCGUACACAAAAGGAUGGUCUUCGCUCCUGUUGCCAAACUCAUCCGCAGCUCAACUACAACACUUGAUUUACAGUGUUGUUUCUGAGUUGCGACUGCGAUUGACAACAAGUGUCCAAGGCUCUCCACAAUUAGUCGUAUUAAAGAUGUAUCGUGUUAAGAAA